AUGCAGAUGCUGCACCUGGAGGUGGCCGAGGAGGGGAAGCGGUCAGCUCCGGCUAAGCGCGGGCUUCUCCGCUACAACUCGCCGCUGGCGCAGGUGUUCCUAACUGGCCUCGUGUGCUUCUGCUGCUGUGGCAUGUUCAAUGCGCUCUCCGGCCUCGGCGGUGCCGGCCAGCUUGACCACACCGUCGCCGACGACGCCAACACCAGCCUCUACGCCUGCUUCACCGUAUUCGGCAUCCUGGGCGUUGCGGCCAACAACAUCCUUGGCCCACGUACCACCCUCCUCCUCGGCGCUCUCACUUACCCACUCUAUGACGCCUCCUUUCUCUACUACAACCACCGUCGCUCUGUGGGCUUCCCCAUUGCCGCGGGGGCCAUCCUCGGCGCUGGCUGUGGGCUCCUCUGGGCCGCCCAAGGCGCAAUCAUAACCGCCUAUCCGCCGCCAAACCGCCGCGGCACCUAUAUCUCUCUCUUCUUGUGCCUCUACAACCUUGGAGGUGUCUUCGGGGGCCUUUUCCCCUUCUCAUUCAACUACCACCGUGGCAGCGAAGCCGCCAGCGUCAACGACGGCACCUACAUCGCAUACAUGGCCUUCAUGCUCCUCGGCGCCGCGCUCACACUCCUCAUCCUACCACCCAGCAAAAUCGUCCGUGACGACGGGAGUAAGGUCGCAGGGGUCGCCUACUCCUCCCCGGCCAGAGAAGGCGCGGAAAUCAUUAAGCUCUUUGGCAACUGGAAGAUGCUUCUCGUGCUCCCCGCGGUCUGGGACAGCAACUUCUUCUACACCUACCAGUUUAACAACGUCAAUGGCGUCCUCUUUACGCUCCGUACCAAGGGCCUCAACAAUGUCUUCUACUGGGGUGCACGGAUGAUCGGCUCCGCUGCCAGCGGCUACUUCCUCGACUUUGGGUUCACCAGCCGGCGGAAGAGGGGCCUCGUCGGGAUCGCCCUCGCCGCCACGCUAAGCACCAUCAUCUGGGGAGGAGGCCUGGCCAACCAACUCAGGUACAAGGACGGCAAGUGGGAUGACCUCAUCGAUUUCAAGGACGGACGCCGUUAUGCUGGUCCAUUUCUGCUUUUCUUCAGCUACGGGCUGCUGGACGCCAUGUUCCAGAGUCUCAUCUACUGGAUCAUGGGCGCCCUCACUGACGAUUCACAGGUCCUCAGCAGGUAUUGCGGGUUCUACAAUGCUGUUCAGAGUGCAGGGGCGGCUGUUGCAUGGCAAGUCGACAGGCACAAGGCACCCCUGAUUUCCCAGCUGAUUGUGAACUGGGUGCUCAUGACUGUCAGCUAUCCUUUGCUUGCCCUACUGGUCUUCUUGGCUGUAAAGGAUGAGGACAGUUCAGUUUCCUUGGACGAGCAGGGUGGCCAAGACGUUGUCUGCACCAAUUAG